UACAUGCAGGGUCCUUAGCGUUUAAUCAUAGGUUAGGAGGAUUAUAAUAAUAGUUGUUUGGUUAAUAGGAGUAAGGAUUGAUACAUUAUUAAGGAUUUUUAGGACUUGAUCCUUAGGGUAUGUGGCGUGUUUUGAAUGAAUGGAAGGGUUUUCGGUUUGGUUACGCGUAAAACACUGGUCAUUCUCGACCGAAGCAGAAAAAAAAAAGUCCCGAUGAAGAGAGGCGAUUGCUCUCUCGACGAAGCGAAGGCGAAUCCCGCGACGACAGACGGCUAUUCCCACGGCGAACGACGGUGAUUUGUCUCCGUCGACUGAACAAGGUAAAUCGCACCCUUCUGAUGUAGAUUCAUCGAUAUAUAUUAGUUUACAUGUUGAAUCGAUCUCGUUUCAAAUUAGGGUUUGAACACAAUUUGGGGGUUUGUUACGUUUGUAAUUAGGGUUUCAAUUCGAAUUUGGGGCUUUUUGUGUUUGUAAUAAUCGGUUUGAAAACGAUACUGCUAGCAUCGAUUUUGGGUUCUUUUGGUUUGAAAUUAGGAUUUCAAAAGGAGUUGGGGCUUUUUGAGUUUGUAUUAAUAAUUGGUUCAAAAAAGAUCAUUUGCUUCAUUGAUUUCGGGUUCUCCCGGACUAUUUAGUUCUUUAUUUUUGCAUUUGGAGUUGAUGUAUGUCACUUUCAUCAGUGUUUAUGGAUUCGAUUGUGGGGUUUUCGUCUGCUUGGAAACUCAUUGUUGAUAUUGUUUACAUUCAUUUAUUGUUUGCAGAUGGCGAAUCCACAUGAACCUCAUUUCUUUAAGCCUCUGCUUCCUGGUUUCCACAGUGGCAUCACAAUACCACUUGCCUUCUUCUCAAAGCACAUAGAAGGGAAGACGAACCAGAAAACAUGGAAACUAAGAUCGGACGCUUCAGAUCAAACUUGGGAAGUGAUACAAGAAGGCAGGACACGCACCGGAGGUUGGAAAUAUUUCACCACAGCACAUGACCUUCAAAUCGGUGACCUUGUCAUCUUCAAACACAAAAGAGACAUGGUGUUUCAUGUCAUUCCUUUUGGUCCUAGCUGUUGUGAGAUUCAGUAUACACAUCCUCACAUCAUCAAGGAAGAAGCCGACGCGGGUGAUGCUGAUGACAUUGAGAUUAGUAAGUCUCAAUCAAAGUUCAUCGUUUUGGUCCUACCUGUUGUGAGAUGUUUUGACGUGGAAACUUGUUUCUUUUAUUUCAGGAGGAACAGGGGCAAUGUCUUCUUUCUCAUUCGACUACUGUUUUUUGGCUGAGGUCACUGCUUCAAAUCUAAAAGCAGACAAACUUGUGAGUCAAUUUUCAUACGUAUAAACCAUAUUUAGUUAGUCAAUUUUCAUAUGUAUAAACCAUAUUCUGUGUUUGCAGUAUCUUCCUAAGCGAGCUACGAGUUCUACUGCUUUGAACAAACAAUGCCAAGAGAUGAUACUAGUGAACAAAGAAGGGAAUUCAUGGACUGCGAGUUUGCGAUUUAGCGAAUCAGGCGGCAUGUAUUACAUCACAAGAGGCUGGAGAAAGUUCUGUCGUGAUAACAAAUGCGACAUAGGAGACUUAUUUGUGUUCAAUCUGGUUGGAGAUGGGAAAUCUACUCCAUUGUUGUGUGUAUGUCCGGAAAGUAAAGAGUUUUAUGAACUACUGAGCAAACACUUGAGCAGAAAGCAUGGUGAGUCUUCUCCAUUGCCUUGCUUGAGACGUCUUUAAGAUGCUUGUUCUUUCUUUGCUUCUGGUUUAACUUGCUUGUUUGGUUUUGUUCUGCAGGUGACAUUGCUUCUGGCUCACGGGUGAAUUAGGAGAAUGGUCAAGUAGUCUUCCAUCUCUUUAGCUUGCGUCUCUUUUGCUAUGUAUCUCGGACUUGUUUAGAGCUUCUAUCCUCUUGUUUUCCUUGCUACAAUGUACUUGUAUGAUCAGUUCAGUUUAGACUCAAGUUCUUGUGUUUCUCGAAUAUCAACUUACUUAUAAGUUUAAAUCUUUUUCCUCUACUCUUGUAAGUUUAAAUUUGUUUAGCUAACUACAAUCUUGCUUCUCUUUAUUCUCUUCUCUUUUACCUUCUGUUUAGUCAAUCUCAAUCUGAAUAAUAUGUUUCCCAAUCGGAACGAUUGAAGAAUGAUUUAAUCGAAAAUAUUUGGAACAAAUUUGGUGAUGAAGAUUAAUAAUUACUUUAUCUUUAUAUCUUUAUUUUUAAUCAUUGUAUCUUUAUUUUUAAUCAUGCAAAUAAUAAAAUUUCAAUUUCAGUUUUAAAAAAAAAAUUAAUAAUAUUUUUUUUUUCUAAGGACCCAUCUUCGGGAACACCAUUGUACGACCAGUUUUGAUUCGAAUCCUUAACUAUUCAAACAAAAACCAAAAAAAAAAUUACUAAAAUAUUCCUAAGGAUUCAUUGGUGAGGUUCACCAUUGCAUAUGCUCUAAGGGUUCUUUUGCAAGUAAUCUAGUAGUAUAAUAUGAUUGUAAUGUGAUGAACAUGUGAUGCCUAUCUUCAUAAUCGACACCGUCAUUCUUGCGGGCUUAAGUGUCAUUAGGCUUUUACAUGUGCUUUAAGUUUUGUUUUCCUUUUAUUAAUAGGACUAGGCUAAGAUCCGCGCCUUACGCGGAGUAUAUAAAUUAUUUUUAAGUAUUAUAUAUUUUUUUACAUAUUAUAAAAUAAUAAAUAUAUAUUGAAUAAUUAAAAUUUAGUAACUAUUACGUAUAUAAUUAAAUUGGUACAAAUACUUAAAUAAAUUAAAUUUAUCCAGACAAACACUUUUUUCUAUUUUAUAUGUUAUAAAAUUAAGUUUAAAUGAUAUUAACAUAGAUAUAUAGUACAUUU